GCCAGCGCAGCGAACGCAUCUCGAAAAUAUCUUUGAAGUACAGAGAAAAACCAGAACAAAGUGAACGAACUCGAAAAUACGAAAGCAACGUGUGUGUGCCAACAACAAAGAACUAACUUGAUAAAUAUUCAUUGUGCCGAAGAGAAAGUCAUUGAGUCAUUGGCAAUUGUGUAAUUCCGAAUCGAGAGAUAAACCCACAAUGGCGGUGGCAUUUUAUAUACCCGACCAGGCGACUCUGCUGCGGGAGGCGGAGCAAAAGGAGCAACAGAUUCUCCGCCUGCGAGAGUCCCAGUGGCGAUUCCUGGCCACCGUUGUCCUGGAAACUCUACGCCAGUACAGCCCAUGUCUGCCGAAGACCGGAAGAAAGUCCGGCAAAUACCGCAAGCCAUCGCAGUGAAAGAUUCGAGUAACUAACUACUACGGGGGAGAACCAAUAGUCCAGUCCAGAAUCCAGAGUACAAAGAAAUAAGCAUGAGCCAACACAAAAAGCAGUCAUCACUCAACAGCCGACGGCAUUCGAUUUCUACAGCAGUCAAGGAUACAGGCCCAGAACCCACCCAAUUUUAGUUUACUCAUCAAAGCGAUUGUGAUAAUGGUUUUGUUUCUACAAAGAAAAAGUCAAAAGAAAAAUUUUAACAAAAAAUCAUUUUAUAAAAUCCCCAAUUUUGUAUGGUCUUUUUUUGAAAAGAUAAAAUUUGUAAUUUCUUUAGAAAUAAUUUACACUUAAAGCCUAUUUAAAUGAAUUACCACUGUAAUAGUUUGUAAGCUCUUUUGUAAGCAAUGUUUUUCUAAGUUUUUCCUAAGAACGAAACCCAGGAAAGAAUGAAAUUGAAUUGGCUAAAAAUUGCAUCAAUUUUUUGUCAAACAAAAAAGUCAAUAAA